AUGGUGCCAAAGAAGGAAAUCAAAGCAGAGGAGAGGGAAAUCAAAGCAGAGAAGAGAGAAAUCAAAGCAGACGAGAGGGAAAUCAAAGCAGAGAAGAGAGAAAUCAAAGCAGACGAGAGGGAAAUCAAAGCAGAGAAGAGAGAAAUCAAAGCAGAGAAGAGGGAAAUCAAAGUAGAGGAGGACAAAAAGCCGCUCCAAAGAAAGAAGGCCAAAGAAGUGAAACAGUGGGACUACGUGGUCCACGAGCGGGAGCUUGGUCAGAUAAAGCAGCACAUAAACCGAGCCAAGCGGGCCAGAGGCCUGCCGGACCCCAACUACCGUCUUGCAUCCCAGAGAACCACCAAAGACGUGUGUCGCCCCAACAUCCCCUCCCCAGAGAAGGAAGAGAAGCAUGUAACUGCUGAGAAAAUACUGAAAAAACUAAGUGAAAGGAACCGAAUGCUGCUGGCAAAAAAGCAGAUGAAGGAACAUCAAGAUCGAAUGGCUCGUGGGAGAGAACUUACCCGCCAAAGGAACGAGGAAAAAGCAGCUCAGAAACUCGAGAACCAGCCAGUUCCGCUUUACCAGAAACCCCCAGCGCAGAGAGCCAGGGGGAAGGAGCUGGAGUGGACCACGGCCUACCCGCUCCUCCAGCCGAGUCAGAAGCAGCUCCUACAGGUGUCGGUCCUGAUGGAGAAGUCGGAGGAGAAGAGAAGCAGCCCCCACCGGAGGGUGUUCUUGAGCAUGCCACCGUUUUUGAGGAGCCAAAUAGACAAAAUUAAAGUUUAA